AUGUCAUUUUCCCAGAGUACUCUUAAUCAACGCUCAUAUCCAAAUCAACCACACCGUCAGUCAAAAACGGUCGAAUACCACCUGCCUUCAAGAGCGUCUAUCCAGGAGUACCAGGCUCUUCUCGCUGACCACGCCGUUGAAGCAGCCAAGUCCUCGGCGUUCAUUCCUUCUAGGCAAGCUCCUGCACCGCCGUCCCAUUCCGCCUAUAGAUCGAAGACUCCCACGGAAACUUCGCUUCCACCGCCCCCCGCAUCCGCCCCUGCCCCUACUCAAGGUCGAGUGCGAAACUCGCUCCAGAAACCACAUCCAAGAACUCGUAACAACAGUCUGACCACUCCGCCUGUCAUAGUAGAACACGAUCCCUUCGCCGCGAACGUCAACGAACCACCGCUUGCGCAACAUCUGAAAACACAUAAAUCAGGUUCGAUGGCAGCCGGCACAUCACCCCCGCCACGUCCAUCUCGCGCCAACACGGCUAAUCUGAAUGACAUCAUCCCCAAUCCGUCGCAGCUAGCCGCACGUCGAUUGUCAGUACCAGCCACGCCCAUGUUUGAGGAUGGCCACUUCUACGCCGAUCCUCAGGAGACUCUGCCAUCAGGGCCAUCUAAUGACUAUACCAGUUCGGCGCCCCCAAGCACUAAUACGAGGAUCAGGUCACGUAGUGGCACAACCGGUAAGACGAAGAAGGGUGUUCUGGGUAUGAUGUCGGAGAUGUUCAACACGCCAAAAAGGGUGGAGAUCAGUACUCCGUUCGAUCCUGUCCAUUUGACCCAUGUUGGUUUUAACUCUUCGACUGGCGAGUUUACUGGUCUACCCAAAGAAUGGCAACAGCUUCUUCAAGAAAGCGGUAUUUCGCGUUCAGAACAGGAAAAGAACCCCCAGGCCGUAAUGGAAAUUGUCAAAUUUUACCAGGAAGGUCAUGGCGAUGUUUGGGAUAAACUCGGGAACGUGGGUGGCAACCAAGACGUGUCUUUCUUACAGAGUAAAUUGGAAGAAAGUUUUCAAAACCCUCGGUCGCCGCCACCUCCUCCGAAAAAGCAUGGUGCCCAGUCGACGACACCAUCUACAUCUGUUACCUCUCCUUCUUCAUAUAGACCUGCUCCUACACCGCCAUCUGCGGCCACUCCGGCUCUGGAUCGUUCUACAUCACAGCGCGCACCAACCAAAACUACUAAAACCCCAGACCUCGGUCGCGCCAAUACUACUCGUGAUCGCCGAUCACCAGCGCCAGGACAAACUGCCUCUGGACCAACUCUAGGCAAUCAGCAGAAAGCCCAGUCGACAAAACCUUCGCCCGUGUCAUCAUCUUCCGACCUUCCCUUGAAGCAGCAACAGCUAACAGCUUCCCCCGCGGUGAGGGAAAGAUCUGAUCCUCGGGCCCAGAAUCAAGCCCCUAGUCCUGCUGCUUCAAGUCUGGCGAAGGUUUCUGGCGUUGCCACCCCACGCCGAAGAGAGAAGAAGGUCGACAAGGGGAAAGAAGAGGAUAUUGUCAAACGCCUGCAGGCCAUCUGCACAGAUGCAGACCCCACUAGGUUAUAUCGCAAUCUCGUUAAAAUUGGACAAGGUGCUUCGGGAGGUGUAUACACCGCGUACCAAGUUGGAACGAACCUUUCCGUGGCCAUUAAACAGAUGGAUCUCGAGAAACAGCCUAAGAAAGACCUCAUUAUUAACGAAAUUCUCGUCAUGCGGUCAUCCCGUCACCCCAAUAUCGUCAAUUAUAUUGACUCAUUCUUACACAAGAAUGACCUGUGGGUAGUAAUGGAGUACAUGGAGGGCGGCUCUCUCACAGAUGUUGUUACCGCCAAUUUAAUGACUGAGGGACAAAUUGCCGCUGUAUCUAGGGAGACCUGCCAGGGACUAGAACACCUCCACAGACAUGGCGUAAUCCAUCGUGACAUCAAGAGUGACAAUGUCCUGUUGAGCAUGGUUGGUGAUAUCAAGCUCACUGACUUCGGGUUUUGCGCACAAAUCUCCGAUCCCGCACAUGCAAAGCGCACUACGAUGGUGGGCACGCCAUACUGGAUGGCUCCAGAAGUCGUGACCAGGAAGGAAUAUGGCCCCAAGGUGGAUAUAUGGAGUUUGGGAAUUAUGGCUAUCGAGAUGAUUGAAGGGGAACCUCCAUAUCUGAAUCAAAACCCACUAAAAGCUCUUUAUCUCAUUGCCACUAACGGCACUCCUACCAUCGCCAAUCCUGAGAAUUUGUCUCCUGUGUUCAGCGAUUACCUGGCGAAGACAUUGGAAGUCGACGCUGAAAAACGGCCCAAUGCUACUGAGCUCUUGCAGCAUCCCUUCUUCAAGCUUUCAGAACCUCUUCGGACGCUUGCCCCGUUAAUCAAAGCCGCUAGAGACAUUGCAAAAAAUAAGUAA